CGCGGCGCGUCCCGCCCGCCCGGGCGCCUGUGCCGCGGUGGGAAGGGGCGGGCGCUCGGGGCCGCCGCCGCCGCUUCCCCUCCGCCUCGGGGUGCCGCCCCGGCCGGCCCCGCUUCGGAGCCCCGCACCAGGGGCGGGGCGGGUCGGGUCGGGACGGGAAGGGAAGCAGACCCUGGAGGUGAAGGGCCGAACGCCGAGUCUGUGUCCCGCUUCCCUGGGCUCUCCGAAUGUGAGCAUUUUGGUGAAGAGAAGAUAUUGCCAUCAACAUUAUAACACUGUCAUAGAAUUCCUCUAAAGACUAGGAAAUAUUGCUGGUGUCGUGCAUUCUGGAAAUACGUUUUACUACAGAUACCACCAAGGCUUUGCAAACAGGAUGAACAUGCUGCUGUUGACUGCUUACUGACAGUAACCAGCUGGGCAUUUCACUCAUGAUGUUUUCAUUCUCACCUCGUCCAAUCGGAAUUUGCUUUCACUGAUUUUUAAAAAGAGGAAUAAAUCAAGGUGGAGUACCGUAAACUUGACAUGGAAAAUAAAAAGAAAGACAAAGACAAACCAGACGAAAGAAUGGCACGGCCUAGUGGGAGAUCAGGCCAUAAUCCACGUGGAACUGGUUCUUCAAAUUCUGGAGUGUUAAUGGUUGGCCCUAACUUCAGAGUUGGUAAAAAAAUUGGAUGCGGUAAUUUUGGAGAACUACGGUUAGGCAAAAAUUUAUACACAAAUGACUAUGUGGCAAUUAAGCUGGAGCCAAUGAAGUCGAGAGCACCACAGCUACAUUUGGAAUACAGAUUCUACAAGCAGCUAGGAUCUGGAGAUGGAAUACCUCAGGUUUAUUAUUUUGGCCCAUGUGGCAAAUAUAAUGCUAUGGUGCUAGAACUACUUGGACCUAGUCUGGAAGAUUUAUUUGACUUGUGUGGUAGGACAUUUUCUCUUAAAACCGUUCUUAUGAUAGCCAUACAGUUGAUUUCUCGUAUGGAAUAUGUCCAUUCAAAGAACUUGAUAUACAGAGAUGUAAAACCUGAGAACUUCUUAAUAGGACGACCUGGAAACAAAACCCAGCAAAUUAUUCACAUUAUAGACUUUGGUUUAGCAAAGGAGUAUGUAGAUCCAGAAACAAAGAAGCACAUACCAUAUCGAGAACACAAGAGCCUUACAGGAACAGCUAGAUACAUGAGUAUAAAUACACAUUUAGGAAAAGAGCAAAGUAGAAGAGAUGAUUUGGAAGCAUUGGGUCAUAUGUUUAUGUAUUUUCUCAGAGGAAGUCUUCCAUGGCAAGGUUUAAAGGCGGAUACAUUAAAGGAACGUUACCAGAAAAUUGGAGACACUAAACGAGCAACUCCUAUAGAAGUAUUGUGUGAAAACUUCCCAGAGGAAAUGGCUACUUAUCUACGUUAUGUAAGAAGGUUAGAUUUUUUUGAAAAGCCAGACUAUGACUACUUAAGAAAGCUCUUCACAGACUUACUUGAUCGGAAAGGCUAUAUGUUUGAUUAUGAAUACGACUGGAUUGGCAAACAGUUGCCUACUCCAGUGGGUUCAAUACAUUCAGACCCUGCAAUGUCUUCAAACAGAGAAGCAUAUCAGCACAGAGACAGAAUGCAACAAUCCAAAAAUCAGUCAACAGACCAUCGGGCAGCUUGGGACUCACAGCAAACCAAUCCACAUCAUUUGAGGGCUCACCUGGCCUCUGACAGACAUGGUGGCUCUGUACAGGUAGUAAGCUCAACAAAUGGAGAACUGAACACAGAUGACCCAACUGCAGGCCGUUCAAAUGCACCCAUCACAGCUCCUGCAGAAGUAGAAGUAAUGGAUGAAACAAACUGCCAGAAAGUGUUGAACAUGUGUUAUGUAACUCUCAGAGCAGUUCUGGUCUGCCUCUGCCCACUGCUACUUUUUCAGUGACUGAGCGACAGGGUGCCUUGGAUAUUUUGAGAAGGUGCUGCUGCUUAUUCAAGCGGAGGAAAAGGAAAACCAUCCAGCGCAACAAAUGACUAGAACCAAACAGAGCACGGGAAAAUGCUUAUUUGUUCAACCGUUGUCUUGUGAUCUUAAAAAAGUCCCAACAACAAAACCCAAAGCAAAAACCUCCAUAAUAAGCACAUUUUCCGAGGACUUCCUGAGAAACAAUAUCAUGCUUCUGUGUUAUAAUUUGGUUCUUCUGCAUCCAUCUUCUGUUUCUUUAAUUCAUCUGUUCUGAAAGCUUUAAGAUAUUGUCAAAUAGAAGUGCUUCUUUGACCAUCAACAUAUGGACCAAUGAAGUGAUAGAAAAUGAACAGUAUCUUGAGCAAAACUGAACUUGAGAAGUAUUUCUUCUUUCCUAGGAAGUAGUAGCAGUGUCUUAGGUGAAGACGGAUGUCAUAAAUCAAUUAUUUGAGUUUGUAGCAGUGUAUCUAAAGCAGUUUUCUUCAAAAAGAAGAAGAAAAAUACAGGUACACAACCAUAAUGCAAAAUAAUAAAAUCUUAAGAUUUAUUUUGUGACACUUGCAUUGUUCUUCUUUUGCCUUAGUAUUACUGGUUAGUCAAAUUGUUACUCCAGUGAAAUUGACACUGACUAGAGAUACCGGGGAUGCUGGUUUAACUGUUGACAGUUGUCAAAAUGCUGGUGCUACUAACAGAAAGUAUUUCUAAUAUCCUUUCAGUUUGAAAACCUGCUUUUAUUUUGCCUACAGUGAAUAUUGCAGUACAGUAGAAAUUAUAAGAGUAUUUGUGCAAGCAUACAAAUGUUUAUAUAAUUUUAAGUUGUACCUCUGGUAAUGUUAACAAAAUUUAUUUACCUUCAAAAGAGCUCUACAGAGCAAAUACUGAAUCUGGUUAAAGCAGAAUAAGUAUGAAAGUCUGUGUGUUCACUAAGAUAGUUGAUGAUGGACAGCAUCUUUAACUUGAAAAUAUGGAUGUGCCAUGUAAAGUAAGAGGCGUACUAUUUUGCUUUUUAAUUUAGAAAAUAAAUGCAAUGGGAGUGAGUUAGACUUCUGCCUUCACUGCGUACUAGCCCAGCACAUCUGGAAUUUCUUGCCUUUUUUUUCCUGGAAUUUUCUUGUCUUGUAGUGUAAGGUCACUAGUAUCUUAGGAUGGCAAGGAUGUGUCAGAUGCUUCUCUACAGUCCAAUAAAGUGCUUGCAAUAUGAACAAACCAACAGUUCUGUAGGCAAGACACCCCAUUUUGUAUUUUCUUCUUCAGAAAAUAUAUGCUUCUUUUAAAACCAUAGUGACAGAGUUUUGGUUUUGUCAUGUUUUAACGGCCAGUUAUUGAAGAAGGGCUGUGGAAGAUGGAAGACUAGACAGAUUUAUUGACUGAAACACAGAUUAUCUCAGUUUCUUUAGAAUUCUUCUAGAGCUAAUUAGCGCCUUUUUUUUGUCCACAAAUGUCUUUUGGCAUACUUAUUUAUUUUUCAUCUGCUUUGUGGUAGCAUUUAAAAUGUACAUAAAAGCAAAGGUACAUCUUUGAAUUAAUCAUUGCAUUUACAAGGAUUUUAAUUUUAUUUUGUAAUUUAUUUUUCAUUAAGAGCCAAAAUUGUAUUUUAUUGUUUGGAUUAUGUGCUCAUAUGUAUACUUUGAUCUUUGUCAUUAUUACUGUUCAUGCUCUUAAGUUUUUGUUUUAGAAAACCUGAACUUGGCCUACAAAAACACACUGUGUAACAGGUCAUAAGAUUCCACUCGACCAGAGUGUGUUACUGAUUAUUUCAGACUCAUAAAGUUAUUUCUUUGUUUUUGUUUGAGCUGAGAAGUAGGUCACUUGACCAUUCUCUUAUGAAAACACAUCCUUCUUUGUAUUACUUGACCAAAUCUGUUGCUUGUACAUGUGGUAUGUGUAUUUCUCACACACCUGGUGAGUUUUAUUCUUGGAGGUUUUUAAUCUCUACAGUGUUUGUAUCAUCUGAACUCCUUAACAAGACAUUGUGAAUAUUAUGGACUUAAAAUGGUUGAAUAUAUAAAAGCUGUUUACUUGCUGAAAUGAUUAGCAAGGCACUUGUUUUUCAGCAAUUUAAGUGCUUGAUUUUAAUGUGGAAGAAGGUUUUCUUCUAGUAAAGCUGUCGGCUCUAAUGUAGGUAUCCCAAUAUUAUUUGCAUUUAUAUACUUUUUCUUCCUGUCUACAGUAAUGAAGUAAACAAUGGCUGGAUGUCUAAAACUGAAAUACAUCCCUGCUUAAAUGUAAGAAAAAAAAAUAAAGAUAGUUUUUUAAAAUUUG